CAAGCAUGGCGGGAGAAAUACACAUUUGAUUUUGCUGAAUUUACAAAUCUAUCAACUGAUGUGUUGAACGGUGUUGUUUUGUACAUAUAUUGACGUGGGGAGACGUAAUACGGAUAUUCUGAACCUACUUGUGGUGUUUUUUCUACUGGACAAUUCCCUGAUUGUCACCACACAGGUGAGAUGAGCUGUAAAGGGAGACCCCCAGGCUCGGCGACACAGAGUGUGGCAGGGAAGUUCCAUGUCAGCUUGGAAGUGUUAUGCCGAUGGAGCGAUGGACUCUUCUACCUGGGGAAGAUUAUAAAGAUAGACGAUAAGGUUGGCAAGUGUCUGGUGAACUUCGAAGACAACUCUGAACAUUGGGUGCUUUUCAAGGACAUCCAGCGAGGGGCAAUCAAGGGGGAUAUAGCCUGCUGUAUAUGCCGAGAUGAGAUGUCCGACGUUCCCAAUGAAAUUGUUCUCUGUGACAACUGUGGACUUGGCUAUCACCAGCAGUGUCACAAUCCCCCGAUAGAUGACGCCAUCCUACAGCCCAGUGUAGACUUCAUGUGUCGACUGUGUGUGUUUGCUACCACCGUCAAGAGAGGAGGUGCACUCAAGAAGGGACCAACAGCAAAGGCUUUUCAAACAAUGAAGCAGACGUUUCCAUACAAUUUGAGCAAAUUGACUUGGGAUGCACAACACAAGACCAACACCCAGCAGUGCUACUGCUACUGCGGAGGGCCUGGAGAGUGAGUUUCCACAAUAACUUCUUGCUGUCGAUCUGAUAACACCUGUAUUUCAGCAUGUACCCAGUGUUUGGAAAUGCCACUGUUGUGUGGGGACAGAUUCUACAUGUUCGUGUGUUCCCACUGUAACCACGGCCCAGAGUACAUCAAGCGACUCGAUAUGAAGUGGGUGGACAUUGUCCACUUGUCUCUAUUCAACCUGACCUUGGAGGGCACCAAGAAGUACUACGACCUGAUCGAUGUCAUCCUGCCCUGGGUCUGUAGCCGGUGGGACAUCCUGCAGUUGGACAAGUUGAACUGUUCAUCCAACAAUGAGGUGGAGUCCGAGGUCCUGCAGUCCCUCCAGACACACAAGUCCAGGUUCUGUUGGGGCCGGGAGAUCAAGAAGAAGAUAACGCUGUGGGGACUGAGAGUCCGCGUCCCCCCACCUGCCCCCAACGUCAUCCUGCCAACAGACGGACACAUAUCGGACGAGGUCAUGUCAACUCUACAGAUGAAGGGCCGAAAAACAAAAACUUUUGUGCCUAUAGAAUGCAGCUCGCCGAUUCCAGUCAAGUAUACCAAGAGGAAAUGCAUGGAUAUUGAUGAUUCCAUCGUCUUCAAGACCAAGAAAGCCAAACGACUGCUUCUUGAUGCAAGAAAGGUAUGGAACUCCCCUGAUAGUCUGAGCCAGGUGUAUAAUGGUUACAACGGAUGCCGGAAACGUUCUUUCAGUCGACGCUCCAACAGCCACAACUCUGACGACUAUGACAGCGGCUUCGAGACUGCAUCCCACUGUACCUUAGACAGCAUCAUUCCACCACCCAUCAACUUUGAGGGCUCCAACCAUCCCUUCAAGACUGUUGUGGAACGAAAUGAAGAAAUUGCCAAGCAUGAACGUCUUCGGGCAAGGUUACUGGAUUUAAGUCGAUUAAAUUCCGACUGUGACAAUUCCUCUCAAUGCUCGUUGGAUUCAUCCCAGUUUUCCGUGGACGACGAGUCCAUUGAUUUGAUUAGUGAGGACUUUGAAGAAGAAGAACAGCCGGAGGAGCUACCCAAGAAGAGGAGCAGACGCAAGAAUCAGAAAUACGAUGCUAUGCUCGAUGGGUACGCAAUAAAGAGACCUAAAAAGAUAUGGGGUUUACCCCACCCUGUGAAGAAUGUCGUCGAUCCACGAGCUAUCCACGCUGUAAGAGCUCAGGAAGUGAACUUCCAGAGUCUGAAGUCUAGUGUGAAGCAGUAUUUCGGUGCAGCAGACCGUCUUGCUCACGGGGAGAAGUUCCACGUGUUGGCAAGACGUGUCACGCCUAGUAGCAAGGUCCAGUACCUGGUGGAGUGGGAGGGACUUAUGUCGUAGUAUCAGCAUACUUUAGGUUCUUAUAACUAACGGAAACAUCAAGGAAUUCACAAUUUGUGCCAUGGUUUGGGUUUUGUGUCUGAGGUCAUAUUGCAAUGGGUUCAGGAUAAAUAUUACUGGACUUUUGAGGGGGAUUUUAUCACAUUUUUCUCCGACUAUAUGACAAAUUGUAAUAUGAUUGAAAUACUGUCACAAUGUGUGCCAUGAUUUGGGUUUAUGUCUGAGGUCAUUACAACAAGUGACUGGAACAGAAUAAAAUAACCCAGUUCAUUAUCAACCAAACUAACUGUUCUUUUCUAAGUGUCAUAAACCAAACUCACUGGUAUAAAUUCCAAGGUAGAAAAGGACCCAUGAAGGUCGGGGUUAGAAUUGGUCUUCAGUAACCCAUGCUUGUUGUAAGAGGCGACUCGCAGGCUCACUGAUUUGGUUGACACAUGUCAUCGUAUCCCAAUUGUGUAGAUCGAUGCACCUGCUGUUGAUCACUGGAUUGUCUGGUCCAGAAAAGAUUAUGUACAGACUGCCGCCAUAUGAAUGAUGAAAGUUUGUGUCCACCCAGGAUAAUAAGUUUACAUAUUUUGGGAAGUAAACUCGUGUUUCAACUACUCAGGCGUGAAUGUAAAUAGGUUUGGUUUAGUUUGGUUGUUUUACGCCUCACUCAGCAAUAUUCCAGUUAUUCCAGCGGUUGUCUGUAAGUAAUCGAGUCUGGACCAGACAAUCCAGUGAUCAAUAGCAUGAGCAUCAGUCAUGCAACUGGAAUACGAUGACAAGUCAGCGAGACCAACACCAAUACUGACCCAGAUCUUCACAGGUUAAAGAAGGGGCAAAGCUGGGCAGUUUGCCAUAGUGCAGGGGUUCAAAAAAAAAUUAAAAGCCACUUGCCACUUUAAGAAAGUAACUUGUCCUGACUAAUUUUC